CCCCAUUUUCAGCCGCCUCCGGAUUUCGCGCUCCUAUUUCAGUAAAAUCGGCCGUCGAAUCGAAAUCCCUACUACAUCGAAGAAGGCUCGACGGAACUCUAGCUUGAUUCCAAAGCUUUGUAGUUGCUAUAGAUGGGGGAUUCUACACCAACUGUUGAUACUGCUCAUACUGAAAGAGUGGGGAUUCGAGAUGAGUCCAAGUCCAAGAAGAGACAAAGAACUUCUGAAGUUUGGAAUCAUUUUACACAUGAAGAACCUGAUGAAAAUGGGAAGAAUGUUAGGUGCAAUCAAUGUGGUCAAAGAUGGAAAUAUGAAGGUACGAGACAAGGAACUUCUACUUUUAGUCGUCAUAUGUUGGUUUGUAAGAAGAAAUCAAAGUUUGGAGAUGUGGGUGUUAUGUUUACUGAGCACCAGGAGAAGUUAGAGGUUAAAAAUAAUGCAAUCAAUCCUAAAAUUUGUCGGGAUUGGAUGACUAAGAUAUCAGUUGCACAUAAUCUUCCAUUGAAUUGGGUUGAAUAUGAUGAAAUGAGAGGUUUUUUGAAGUCUUUGAAUCUGGAUAUAGAAUUUAUAUCUGGAGAUACUCAUGUAUUGGAUGUGAUGAAUUUGUAUGAAUCUGAAAAGCAGAAAUUGAAGUUCAGAUUGAGUAAUGUUUCAGGGUUGUUGCGCUUGACUUGUGAUGUUUGGACCGCUUGUACUAAUUCGGGUUAUAUUUGUUUAACUGCACAUUUUGUGGAUGAAAACUGGAAAUUGAAUAGCAAAAUACUUGCAUUUUGUUCUAUGCCUCCUCCACAUUCUGGAAUCGAAAUAGCUUGAAAGGUUUAUGAUAUUUUGGCAGAUUGGAAAAUAGAUAGGAAAGUCUUUUCUUUGACUCUGGAUAGUUCGUCUGCUAAUAAUGACAUGAUAGAAAUAUUGAAGAUGCGACUUGGUUUGCAGAACUCAUUAUUAUGCAAUGGUGAAUUUUUCCGUGUGAAAUGUUGAGCACAUCUCUUGACUCUUAUGGUCCAAGAAGGAUUGGAAGUUGCUAGUGAAGCUUUAGAUAAGAUUAGAGCUAGUAUCAAAUACGUAAAAGCAUCAGAAGCUAGAAUGAUCGAGUUUAAAGAGUGUGCUCGGAAAACUGGUAUUGAAUUACCUUCUUCUCUUCGCUUGGAUGUGCCUACUCAUUGGGAAUCCAUAUAUUUGGUGCUUGAUAGUGGAAUUAAAUGUCGACGUGCUUUUUGUUUGCUCGAAUUUGAGGAUUUGGCUUAUAAGUAUUGUCCAACGGAAGAAGAGUGGAAUAGAGGAGAACUGAUGCUUAAAUUUUUGGAGCCAUUUUACAAUAUUUCAACUAUGAUUUCUGGAUCAUCCAGUCCUACUUCUGGUUUCUUUUUUAUAGAACUUUGGAAGAUUGCACACUUUUUGUCUAAAAAUUAUAGAAGUCAAGAUGAAGAGGUGAAGUCUAUGUCUCAUUCGAUGGAUUUAAAGUUUGCACCGUACUGGGAGGAGCAUAGUGAAAUUCUUUCCAUAGGAGCAGUGUUCGACCCAAGAAUAAAACUGAAGCUUUUGGAGUACUGUUAUUCAAGAAUUGACAAUCAUUCAAGUGAGGAAAAAAUCAGUAAGUUGAAGAUGAGGUUGUAUACUCUAUACGACGAGUAUAAGAAAAAGCGUGCUAGUGCAUCUCCAGUUAAGGUUUCUCAAUCUAGUGGAAGUUCGAGUUCUCAAGUUAGAGGAUUGAGAAUAAAUAAGAAGGUUCUCGCAGGAUGGAAGGAAUAUAGAGGUGGAACUUCUGAAGGAAAGUCAUUUUUGGAUUCAUAUCUGGACGAACCUGCAAUGGAUGUAAAUGCUGAAAUUGAUCUGUUUGAGUAAUGGAGAUAUCGUGCAGCCUGCUUUGGAGAACUUGCUACGAUGGCAAGUGAUGCUCUUAGCAUUCCUAUAACAACAGUAGCAUCGGAUUCUUUCUUUAGUGUUGGUGCCCGUGUUUUGAAGAAAUACAGAUAUAGAGUUCUUUCUGAAAAAGUGCAAGCUAUUAUUUGCACACAUAAUUGGUUGCAUGGAUAUUCUGAUAGUAAGAUUUUAUUUUUUUUUUGUAUAAAGAUCUAAAUUUUAUGUGUAUACAGGAGUGUAUUUUUAACUAUAGUUUUUUGAUAGAUGGUGAAGAUGAUGAAUUCGAGGAGGAUGAUCAAAGUGAAGAUCCAAACAUUACCGAAGUUAAAGAAGAAUGUUGUUCCAAUGUUUAGAUUUAAGAUUUUAUGUACGAGACACUUUGAUUCAACAAGGACAAACUAUUGUUGAACAAUUCAUCUUUAAUAUUGUUAUGUA